ACAUUGAGGCUAUCAGUUGUGAAAAUUUGGAAAAUCUCUCUGUUGUUCUUCUUAAUAAUAAUCUGCUGACUUCUAUUCAUGGUUUUGAUGGAUGCACUAAUCUCCAAAGCCUUGAACUCUCACAUAAUAAAAUCACUCGAAUCACCUCCAUCCUUAAGAGACCACGUUCUGCUCAGAGAGCUGCAUUUGGAUGACAACAGCAUCUCCAGUGUGGAAGGACUUUCCUCUUGUUGGUUGCCUUUACUACAAUAUCUAAGCAUUUCACAAAACAGUUUAGCCACAAUUGUACCACUUUUUCAUCUUGUGUCUUUGGAGAAGCUGGAUGUCAGCAACAAUUGUCUUUCUGAUCUAACAACUGUCAUGUGUUGGUUCAAUGCAUGCUACUCUCUCCGUGAGCUUUGUCUUACUGGAAACCCAGUACUCCAGGAAAUAAACUGGAGAGAUUCUAUACUUAAAACUUUACCUGCUCUGAGAGUCCUCAAUGGUGACAUGCUGAACUCUUAUGCCAAUGUCCAUACUGAAGAGUACUAUCAUACAGACCUAAGAUGUUUCUUGGCCCUUUGUCAGUACCAGCUUCAAGAGUUCAACUUAUUACCUGAAAAGUAUAUCAUACAGAAGAGGGACAUUCUCACUCUGCAUGCUGCAGACAGACUCUCACAGUACUAUAAAGACUUAAUGAAACUCAGUCAUGAAUGCAGACUUGCACAUGAACAAGGGGAUAUAAAUACCACCGAGGGGUCUGCAGCAGAAACCAACAAAAACCAUCCAGACUUUUCAAACACUGACAGCACACUGCAAAACAAGGCCCUCCAUGCUCAGACUAACAGUUGUGAGGCAGAUUCACCAGCUACUUCUGCAAACCUGUUGGACACUGUCUCCAGACCUUCUACAUCAAACUGUGAAGAACUGAAAGGAAGAAAUCAGGAAAAGCUUAUGGCACAGAAGAGUGAACAUAGUAUGAUCAGUAGACUCUCCAACAGCAGAGCAUCAUUCAUAGAAAUGAAGAUGGCAGAUUCUCCAAUGAGUAAUCAUCACAAUACUGAACAAAGUACACCAGUCAAGGCAGCUAUGGUAAUCCAAGCACAGUGGCGUAGUUACAUUGCACACAGACCAAUUAAUUGCUCUGAAAAAAUGCAUCCUACCACAACAGAACCCCUGAAAGAUCUCUUCAUCAAUAACCAGACUACUUCCAAUGAAGAAAGAAGAAAAACUAAUAUGAAUAUCGAGGAACAGAGGGAAAAGGCUGCUCUUCAUAUUCAGGCGGUUUGGAAGGGCUUUAUUUUACGAAAGAAACUGGCGACCGCCCUAGAGGCUAUCAAAGAUGAAGAAUCUGGAGAAGAAUAUGAAGAAAUAGAUUUAGAGGAUUUUGAAUUUGAUGAGGAUGCCUUGGAGAGAGACUGGCCAGCUUUAGAUUCCACCGGCUUCCCUUCACAAACACUGCCUCUCUCCAACCAGCUGCCCUGGCCAAAGAAUUCUCGGACUUUGAGACAUGACGAAACUUCACCUAUCAUACCAGUUCGUCCAGCUCAGGCAUGGCUGUGCAAUGAGAAAGAAAAUGCAUUGUCACCCGAGCACACACAGUUAAGCAGCAGAUCAGAAAGUGGAAUUUUAUCCUGGACACCUGACUCAAAAACAAGUAGGAAGAGUUUACUACAAUCUGAAAAAGAAGAAAAAAUUACAGAAGAAUGGGGCUUUAAGGAUAUCUCUACAGCUCAGCAAAUGCUAAAGAGAGCAAAGAAAAUGAAAUCAAAGAAAUUAAGGAAGAAAUUAGAACCUUCUGUGCGACUAGCAGUAUUCAAAAAAAACAAAAAUAAAGUUUCUGUUACAAAGUCAUCAAAGAAGACACAGCUCAGAAGAGACAAUUACUUUGAAGAUGAGGAGGAAGAGGCAGUCUCCAAGGCAACGGCUGCAAAGGAAAAGUUGGAGCGGAGUAAGGAGUAUACCUACCAGUGGCUUCACACACAAGUUGGCUUUCCUGAAGCAACUAGUUCCAGAAACCUGAAAUGCAAUCACUUCUUGCCUGAGUUAGAUCCAGAUGUACUUAAUGGUGGAAGAGUUCAACUUGUGGCAAGACUUGUAAGCAGAGAAGACACGGGUUUAGAUCUUUUUUCCAGGACCAGUGCAAGUGCUUUGUCUGUGAACAAAGAAAAAAAAAGCCAGACCCACAGAUACUCAACAGGAUCUUCAAGUUGCUCAAGCAAGGGAAUAAUUGCACCAACGAUAACACAUACAAGACCUUCUAUUAAAGAGCGCAUAUCAUUCCGUGACAAUCCUCUUCGACUCAGUGGCGGCUGGGGAGGUGGCAAAAAGAAGGCGAAAUUCUCUACCUAA